UAAAAAAAGUAUUACAAAUUUAAAAAUUAAAAAGGUGAACCGUUGGUGAUACCUGUAUUUUUGUUGUUAUAAAUGUUUUUAUAGGGAAAUAUUUAUUGUAUCAUGUUAGAUUCAAGGUGUUCUGAAAAUGAAGUAUCGAGGAGAGACAUUCCUUCUUUUAUUGAGCCUCGACCCCCUUUGAUAUCGAACCCAUUUAUGCGACCUAGACCGCAAAAGGGAACGAAUUUAUUAGAACUAUUCGAAGAGGAUUCAGAUUGUGAAGAGCCCGAGUUGGUGCAAGUGUAUCUUAGAUUAAAACCGUGUAAUACAGCCAGUAAUCUCUACGAAGUUCGUUCCGAUCGCUGUCUGAUAACAUCUUUGGAUACCACGACUGCAGGUCAUGGAAGGCGAACUCAGCACAAUGUUUCGAAAAUGUAUACGUUUUCACACAUUUUUGGACCUGAUUCGAGUCAAAAAGAAAUAUUCGAGCAUGUUGUAAAAGAAAAUCUACAGAAGCUUCCUGAAGGUAACAGCUUUACCCUCCUCACAUAUGGAGCAUCCGGUUCAGGAAAGACAUUUACACUUAUGGGCACAGUAGCAUCUCCAGGCCUGGUGCCGAGAUCAUUAGAAUAUGUGUUUAAAAUUGUUGAAGCAGCACAAAGACCAUUGUUCAAGCCGUCUGAAUCUGGUGCUGAUAAACUGAGUCAUGCUGAGCAGGAAUAUGAAUUGCAGUGGGUAAAGAGACUAAGGCAGGUUUCUGCUCCUUCGAGAGACAAAUAUCGGCGUAUGAGUGCUCAGUUAUUUGGAGACCUCACCUGCAGUAACCUAGACUUAUCUAAUACAAACAGGCACUAUUUAUGGGUAUCAUUUAUAGAAAUAUAUAAUGAAGGUAUCUACGAUUUAUUGGCACCCGGGGACAGAAGAAAUGCUCCAAAGUUGGCUAUCAGAGAAGAUUCCGGGGGCAAUGUAUAUGUUAAGGGUGCAACUCAAACGUUUGUCAGGUCGGGAGAGGAGGCCUAUGACAUCAUGGUGGCGGGCAAACACAACUUACAAGUGGCCGCCACAGGAAUUCACGCACAAUCGUCACGGUCACAUUGCAUAUUCACAAUCACUAUGCUCACCGAGACGCCGGGCGGCGCGGCGGGCGGCGUGGCGGGCGCGUGCGUGCGGCUGUGCGACCUGGCGGGCUGCGAGCGCGCGGCGCGCACGCGCAACACGGGCGCGCGCAUGCACGAGUCGCGCGCCAUCAACUCGUCGCUGCACGUGCUGGAGCGCUGCCUGCGCACGCUGCGCCGCAAGCGCGCCUGCGCCCGCGCCGCGCUCGUGCCCUACCGGGAGUCCAAGCUGACGCGCCUGCUGGGCGCCGGUCUGUCGGGCGCUCGCGGGGAGGCGGUGAGCAUGGUGGUGACGCUCAACCCGUCGCGCGAGUACGCGCACGAGACCCGCCACGUGCUGCAGCUAGCUGCCGUCGCGCGGGACAUACAGAUCAACAACACCUUAUCAGACUAUCCCAGCACCUUGGAAAGCAGCACACAGGACAGCAGUUUUAACUACAGCUCCGAAGUGAUAAAGCUGCGUACAGAAAAUGAACGUCUGCACUUUGAAUUAGUCCAGGCUCAAGCUCGUAAUAAAGAACUCUCCGCGCAUAUGGAACAACGUCAGGCUUCAGCCGCGGACACCAUGCGUGAACUAGUAGAGGAAGCCAAGGAGAUCUCCAGGCAAUACUAUGAGGAACAGAUGCAGGCAUUACGAGUCGAGAUGGAGGAAAUGGUCGAAGAAUAUGAGAGUAAACUUAGUCUAGUUAAACAUCCGUCCGUUAGUGACACACCAUCUAAGCUAUUGCAAAGCAAGAUUACACAGUUGAUGACCGAAAUUGCAAUAUUAGAGGAGAAUUUAACCGCUGAACGUUUAGCUCGAGCAAGAGCCGAAGAGGAAGUACAACAUCUGCGUGCAUGUAUUGAUGAGAGAGAUGAAAAAGCUGAUGAACAAAAUAACGAAGAUGUUAUGUCAGUAACCGAUAGUGAUACCAGUGAUGAAGAAGAAGACCCAUGUAACGAAAGUCUAGAGCCGACGUUUAGGAAGGAGGACAUAAAUCGUUCUAGAAUGUUAAAACAGAGUUUUGUUAACCAUACUAGUUUUAACAGUGAACAUUCUGGUGAAGUCAGUGUUCUAGAUAAAACCAGUGAUACUCUAAAGGAGGAAGACGAAGGUAACGAAACCCGUGAAAAUGAUUGCACUUAUGAAACUAGUGAAGAUGUAAGUGUUAAUAGAGCUGACAGUGGAUGUGUUAACGACCCUAUAAGUGAAAGCACUGAUAUAUUACCUGAACUGCAAGAGCUAAACAAAGCUAGAGAUACAUAUUUUAUUGAAGAUAAAGUAAAUGAAAUAAACAAUAUUACCUCAAAACCCAGUUCUUUAAACAGAGCUACUUUUUCUAUGAGUAGUGCAGAUGACAAUGUGUCUGCGUGCAGUAAAGAUUCUGAUGAUCAAGAUGUUAAAAAAAUUCUUGGACCAGAUGAACUUGUAGAAUCCAAUGGUAACUUAUUAAAAACAGUAUCCGACGAUGGUCUUGAACUUAGUAAAAAAUCAGGUAUAUUUGUGAAUAAAAUUUUAAGUUGUAAUAAGAAAUCCUCCGAUGGUAACAACUCUUUAGCUCAGUUUGAGAGCUUGGAAUUAGCUGCAAAUGCUUAUAAUUCUGACACAAAACAAAAUGUAGAUGAUAAGUAUUAUUCUGAUUUUAAAAUCGUAAAUGAAAAAAGAAAUUACUUUGAUGAAGAAUCUACAAAUUCAUCACCGAAAACACCAGCUACUGUUGUUAAAUCGAAGGAAAAGAAAAUAUACUUUAGUAACAUUGACGUUGUACAGUCAAAUAAGAAACAUGUCGACAUUGAAGCUAAAAGUCAAAUUGAUGAUUACCGGUCACCGCCAAUUGUUAAAGACGAAGUGACUAAUGAUUUUGAACCAACUAUGAUAAAAAAGUUACUGGGAGAAAGUAUGACUCGGCAAACUGAAGGUAUAAACAAAGGUUCUGUACACAAAUUAAAACUAACAAAAAAACCUGAAUCCAUCGACAUGUUCGAAGGUCUUGACUCACCACAAGUUAGUAAUGAAAUAAAAAACGCGGAAAUUAUCAAAAAUGUGACAAACCAAAUCGAGAAACAUGAUAUAGAGGAAAAGGAUCCUCUUGAGCCACAAACUCAAAUUAAGUUUGAAAGAAAAUCAAAAAAUGAAAUAAAAGAAGAACCAGUAAUAUCUGAACCAUCACUUGUUGAAGAAAUUAUAGAAACAUUGCCAGAAAAACUAACAGUGCAAGAAAUCUCUACUAAUAUUGCUAAAGCAGAUGAGAAAUUAAUAUCUAAAGAAGUUAGUCUUGUAACAAAUGAAGAAAAACCACCCGGGGACUCGAUAAAUGACGAAUCUCGAAUACAAAUAAACAAUACAAAAGUAGAUAACACGAUUGAAGAAUUUGAGAAUAUUUACAAAGAUGUUUCAGCACCACGUGAUACAGAAUUUGAUUUACUUAUAUCCCAGGAAGUUCAGGAUACUACAGCAGAGGUUAACACAAAUAAUGAUGAAACAUCUGAAACAGACGAACUUAAGUAUAAUUUACGUCAUAAAUCUAAAAUCGAUAAAACUAAGAAUGAAAACAAAAGAGCAAAGAAUAAGAAUACAGAUGAAGAAGUGAUCAUGGAAAGCCUUUCGAAGUGUGAAAGUAAACCGAAGGCGACGAAAAGAAAUUUAAGAUUACGCAGACGUAAGAAUGUUUCCGACGAAGACGCUGAUUUGCAGAACGAAAAUAAAUUAAAAGAUAUCGUUAAUCUUCAGACUGAAUUUUCCGACGUUACUAUGGACGUUCCGGCCGUUGCAAAACAAUGUAAAGAUAUACCUUCGCCCGAAAGACUGGCGGAUGAUGAAAAUUUACCACCAAUGUUUGGUAUACAGAGCUGUCCGUCUAAAAGCGUCACUCGAAGCCGUAGAAAGCUGUUCACUCCACGGGCGGAGCCCCUUGAAGAGAGCUUGAGUCAAACAGGAGACAGCAAUGAGCGAGUGUGCGUCCCGCGGCCCUCUUACCACCGACCCAGAGCUCGCCGCAAGCUUUGAGCCAAACGACUUGAAUUUUAUUGUACAAUAAAAAAAAGUUUUACUUUUAAUACACAAUUAUUACUCAAGACUUAAAUAGUAAAAUUCAUAAUUAAUAAAUAAAAUC